UUCUGUUUUUCACCGCUCUGUCGCAGUUGCUUGUUCCAGAAGUUUCCACAGUAAUGCGCAAGGAAGAUCAUUAGCGUUGUAGAAAAAAGUAAAAGGGUUCGAAAGUGACUCACGUCAAAAAUCUGAUAUCGUCGAGUCGAGCCGUGCGACUUUAUGAAAGGGUCGAACGAUCGGUCGUCUUAGCGUCGCGUGCUAGUGCUCGUGACUUUCGCCGUUGGUUCCACGGAGAAUUACUGACAAUUACGAACAAUUGCGGACAACCACGGACAAUUGGCAAGUGACUCUGGCAAGUUGUCAAGGGACAACGUCACUACGGUAAUCAGUUUAUAUUUAUUUCGACGACGAAACGUCAAGAUUAGACCAGAUCAGUCGGGAUCGGUUGGAUUGUCCGUCCAAGAUCCAAUCCUGUCAAGUCCUGUUGCAGGUCUUGGUUCCAGACACGUCGUUGUACUGGCUUUGCUAGGCUGUUGUCAGUGACUACGUGUGCCCCAGCACCGUACCGAAGUCAUUUGCAAUGUGUUUAAGAUCGGUGGAGACCUACAGAGUUCCGAAGGAAUAUCCGUCGAGGAGCCUCGUGUAAGAUGGGUUGGUGCGCCACUAAAAGGGUUUCAGGAUAUUGAGUCCUUAUCGCAACGAUUUCAAUUGGAGAUGCUUGGAUUUGUGCAGCCGAUACCGUCCCUGCGUGGGAACUGACUUAAAAAGCCAGGCAGUUAGACUUAGCGAAAGCUUUCUAUGAGCUCGUAGUGAGAUCGAGUGACAAAUCCGUGAACAAUGGCAUACCUGCAAUUUUAUCCGGUGCAGAAUAUAGGCCCCGAGCCAUUGACCGAACUCUGUUUCAAGUUCAUCUGUGCCAACUUAGACAUCAUCUCUACUAAAAACAAAUAUGGCAAUCGUACUCUCAGGAAAGGACUCGUACUUCCCAGCGAGAUAUGUGAUAAAAUGUUGGAAUUUGCCCAGCGUGAUGGAAAGGACAUCGAUGAAACUUUCCUUUCGAUAUUUGAAGAUGUUAAGUCCACUAGACUCAAAACGGUUAAGAUUAUUAAUUCCUGUCUCUCUGACACAGCCAUUCGUAUCAUUGCCAGGCACAAACUCAUCAAGUUAGAGCUUAACAGGUGCAGUCCUAAUUUGGUAACGUCUAUCGAGCAUAUAAACGAACAUUCGGAAAAUCUACAGAGUCUGACGUUACGAGGCUCCUUUAAAAGCAAUCCUGUACCAGUGAAAUUUGCAAUGUGUCAUUAUUAUCCAAGGGGUUAUUUAUUUAAAACUCCAAAAUUGAAACGCCUUGCAGUUGGAAAUGUAUGUAUUUCAACUUCAGAGUACGCUUUCCUCCUGGCUCAUUUACCGCAGUUGACACACCUUGACUUGUCCAAUGCUACUGAGAUUCAAAAUUUUUACUUCCAUAAUUUCGUCCCCAAUUUAGUCUCACUGACUCUGUACAACGUUAAGCUCAGCUCCAAUCUGCAGAGCUUUGUCUCUAGAGUUUGUCACCUAAAAAAGUUAAGGCAUUUGGAUAUUUCAUUAGCAACUUCAAAGUACGGGCAGUACGAGAAUCCAAAUCAGAUGUUAGCGGAACUUGUGAACGGUUUGCCAGAACUAGUUUCUUUGGAUAUAGGAGGUACCAAUCUUGCCGGAACCGGAGUGGCAGAAAGACUACAUAAUAUGGCAGAUACCGAAUACAGUUUAAUGUGUGAUAUCCCGGGACUUGCAUCUCGGGUUAACAACCCUCUGCAAUUUCUUGGGCUCUAUGGAACUAGUCAUGGAGCCUGCAAAAGACAUGACAUUCCUGCAAAAUUGAUAGCAGGUGAUGCAAACGAAGAACAAAUUCUCAUCGCAGCAAGAGUCUGCAUGGAUUACAAGAACGAAUUAUUGCAGAAGGUUAUGAAUGAUCUUUAUCAUAUAUUUAGAAAUGACAGUUGUGAGCGCAUGGAUCAUGCACUUUGUACAGUUUUAGAAGCUAUGGAAAAACACCCUUUUGAUAAACAUAUACAGAUUUCUGGGAGCGCUACCCUGUUUUAUAUCGUGAAAGUAAAAGAGAAGAGCGAUCUUAUAGUAGGAAUGAAGCGAAGGAUAAUUGGAACCCUCCUAACAGGAAUGAGUACUCACAACGAUGAAGAACCUAUGAUUAGGAAUGGUUGCUUGACGCUUUGUCAAUUCCGAAUACCUCAAGAUGUGAUGUGGAAUUACGAAGCACUGGUUAAGGUUCUCUUGCAUUCUGUAAAGAACGCUGAGCCGGAAGGUUUCGUACAGCGUAUUGGGAUAUAUUUGUUGAACUCACUAGCUUGCCAGGUUGACGGCAAGGAGAAACGCUUGUUGGGAAAACUAGGUUGCGUAAAGGCAAUGUUGCAACUAGUGGAAUAUCGUUUGGACUCGCUGAUAUUUGAUGAUGUGCUUGAAGUUGCCUGGUCUACAAUGUGGAACAUGACCGACGAAACGCCCGUUAAUUGUCAGCGCUUCUUAGAUGAACAUGGCAUGGAUCUGUUCCUUCAAUGUGUAGACACAAUGUUGGUCGAUAAGGCCUACCCACGCAAGGAAGAAUUGUUGCGAAACAUGAUGGGCUUGCUUGGCAAUGUUGCGGAAGUCGAAGAGCUACGUGUUAAUCUCAUGGAUCAGCAGUAUGUAUCCGUUUUCGCGGAUUUAUUAAACUCUGACAGUGAUGGCAUUGAGGUGUCGUACAAUGCAGCAGGCAUAUUAGCUCACAUGGCAUCGGAUGGACCAAGCGCAUGGACUAUCGAUGAUCCUUCAAGGAAUGAUGUUCUUAAGCUAAUGGUAGAAGCAAUCGAGCGUUGGGAUCUAUCGGCCGAACGAAACAUAAAUUACAGAUCGUUCUUACCGCUGCUGCGUUUGUUAGACGUGUACCAUACUCUAGAAUGUCAACAUUGGGCAGUAUGGGCUCUUGCAAAUCUCACCAAGGUCUAUCCUUUGAAGUAUUGUUCACUGGUAGAAACAGAAGGUGGACUGGAAAAACUCGAGAAAUUGUUAGAAGACCCAAGACCGUACGAAUGUAUCAAGUUCCUCGCUCGGCAAGUAAUUUAUUAUUGCCAAUGAUAAUGAAUACCUUUAGACGGUCUACCUGUGUAGAAAAGCUUCAAUUAAAAUCGUCCCUCAGAGAACAUGAUAAAAGUGUGAUGCCAAUUUUAAGAGUCAUUGUGUAGAUGAAAAGUGUAAAGUGAACUGAUAAAAAAUGGCGGAUUCAUAACAUUAUAUGUUUAAGAGUUAUUGAUUAAAAUAUGGUACUUAUUUAUGUAAGUGCUGUACCGUAAAAGAGAUAAAAAAAUCAUCCAUUGUUUUAAUUUUACAAUCAACAUUGUACCAGAAAGACGAUGAUGUGGUAAUGAACUCAAUGGAGGAUCUUACUGUAAAUAGUUGUGUACGGAGGUUUUAGAGAAUGUUUUAGGUUUGUAUGUUUUUGUAUAUCGAUAAUAAUACAGUUAAACCGUUCCUUUUACACCCUAGCUUAUACGGUUUUGCCAACUGCAAUGUACGUGUGCGAUAUAAAAUUUUACGAUCAGUUACCGACCCAAGUUCUUAGAUUUGACGAAACUGAAGCAAAAAUUGUUAGCAUGUGCAAAUAAUUAGGAAAGUGCCUGUUAAUAAAAAUAAAUGUUACGUAUCAAAUGA